AGCCACACCGUUGUGAUUAUUUCAACAUGGCGGCGCGCAGGGAACACGAGGACGACGACGGUCCAAGUAAAAAGAAACCGAAAUAUGUCAAGACGUUACACGACAAACACAUCAAGAAAAGACUGAUCGUUGUGCUGGAAAGGUCAUCGCUGGAAGCUGUGAAGGCUGGUAAAAAUUAUGAAUUGCUCAACUGCGAUCGUCACAGACACCUGAUGAAGAAAUUCUACCGAGAUCCCAAAGAUUGUCGUCCAGAUAUCACCCAUCAGUGUCUGCUGAUGCUGUUCGAUAGUCCUCUCAACCGGGCCGGCCUGCUUCAAGUCUUUGUCCACACAGACAAGAACGUCCUGAUCCAGAUCAAUCCCCAGACAAGAAUACCCAGGACGUUUGAUCGGUUCUGUGGUCUUAUGGUUCAACUCCUCCACAAGAUGAGCAUCAGUGCGUCGGACGGGCCCCAGAAGCUCCUCAAAGUGGUCAAGAACCCCGUCUCCGAUCACCUCCCAACAGGCUGCAAGAAGAUCGGCACCAGCUUCAGUGCUACAAAGUGUGUCAACCCCAGGGAACUGGCAUCUACUGAGGAACCGGUCGUCAUAGUGAUAGGAGCAAUGGCUCAUGGGAAGGUAGAUGUUGAUUAUAUUGAAGAGGAAGUCGCCGUCAGCCUGUACCCGCUGUCUGCUGCCCUCACGUGUGCAAAGAUCUGCUCAGGAUUCGAGGAAGCCUGGGGAGUGGUGUGAAUGUGACCUCUGACCCCACAUGAAUAUUCAUGACCACUGGCCUCGAGCUCUGCAAGAACUGUCACUGAAUUUAGCUAUCCGGUUCGUUAGUAAAUCAAACACUCGCACCACUGAUAACUAGCGCCCAUUGGAUAAAUGCUCGAGUUGCGAUAACUUCCGGUUCCAUUCGUGCUAUGCUACACCCUGUGAUGUAUGCAUUGUUAAGUUGAGAUGACGUCAUACUAACAAACCAGAUAAACAAGUAGCUUUGAAAUAUUUGUUUAUGACAUUUCUCAAAAAAACGUUGGCAUCCACAGAAUGUUGAUUCAAGGUUUUGGAUCUGGGUCUAUGGGGGAGGGGGGGGGGAAGAAACAAAAUGGAUAUUUCUUUCUUUUUCAGAAAAAAGUUGAACAAAACAUGUUUAAGAAAAUGUGUUUCAAAAGUGAAAGUUUGAGUAUUGUUUCCGUUGUGAAGUGUUUUCUG